AUGUCUGCGGGCGACCAAGGCCUAUCCGUGGAAGAGGGACUUGCUCAUCGAAUGUCUCCACCGUAUCCAGAAAGUCCCAGCAUUGUUUUUGAAGACCUAGACGGCCUAUUCGACGACCAUGACCAAGAGAUAAGGACGAAUACAGAGGCAGCGGAUGAUGCUACAACAACCGAUGACCCAUCCGGCAAUCUACAACAAACCACUUCGGCGAAUGACACCGUCUACGAUACUGCUUCGAAAAUUCAGGCUUUCACUGAUGAUGCAUCGAGGAACACUGCGCCGGGUUCAGUCUUGUCUAAGACCUCCCGCUCAAUUGAGAUCGAGUCGGAAGAUAACAUAUCAAGUCCGAUGAGUUCAAGCAAGGCCGUUCGAACUGAUGAGGCCAUCCGUGCUGAGACUCCUGACAACGAGACAUCUCCCGGCGAGACCACCGACAUUGAGAUGUCCGACACUUUCACUCCAGCCUCUUCAAGCUACAGCAUCUUAGACGAUAGAGCUGUCUCCGUGGACCUCAUUGCAUACCAAAUCUGUGAUGAACUAAAGGAUACGUCAACCGCACACCCUUACUGCCCUUCCUGA